AUGAAGAAGUCCCUAUCCACGCUCCCGUUCCUCCUCCUGUCAUUCUUCCUCACUUCGGCCAUUCAAGCUCAGGACGAAUGUCCAGAAGGAUUUGAGAAGAUCACACUACCCGAUGGAGAAGUUGUGUGCCAGUUGAUCUACAGACAGUGCAUUGGUGGGAAUAAAUGGAAGUUUGUUGAUAGUCAAGCUCGCGGCACACGUCUUUGCUGCUAUUCCACGAGCCAGUUGGUAAUCUACGACAAUCAGACUCGUGUCGGUGUUUGCUGUGAUGAAGGCAAAGUUUACAUGGGUACUAAACCUGAUGGCAAAUGCUGCCCUCCCAACUCUGUCUUGAAUGCAGACAAAGAGUGUAUCCCUGCAACCUAG